AUGUUUAAGAAAGACAUCUCACCCGGCUCCAAGUCGAAGGUCAAGUCGUCUAUCCAGCGCGCGCUUAGGACGCAACUAUGCACAACCUACCCACUUCUUACGCCAUAUAUCGAUGAGGUGGUGCCGAAGAAGGAGCAGUUGGAUGCUAUGAAGAUCCCAGAGAGAGUAACCCUCUACCUCAUUAACGGCAAACCCAUCUUCUUCCAACACAUGACCGACCCGCUCCUCCCUCACCUCAAGCUCGUGCACCGCUUUCCUCAAGCCUUCCCACGCAUACGUAUCGACCGCGGCGCAAUCCGCUUCGUGCUGUCCGGCGCAACACUGAUGGCUCCGGGGAUCACAAGUGAUGGCGGCAGGCUGCCAGGAGAUGAUGGAGAAGAGUGGGGUGCGGCAGGAGAGCAUCUGGAGAAGGGUGCGCCGGUGGUGGUGGCAGCGGAGGGGAAGGAGGAGGCGUGUGCCGUGGGAUUGUUGACAGUGGGGACGAAGGAGGUGAAGGAGGUAGGGAAGGGCCCGGUGGUGGAAGAGGCGCAUUUCCUAGGGGAUGGGUUAUGGAGGUUGAAUACUGAGUAA